AGAAGAAGGUUAGGGAUAAUUUACUUGUAGAAUAAUAGUAAUAGAAAUAAUAAAUGAUAGGUGUGUGAAUUGUGAGUUGUUGGCGUAAGCAGAGGAAGCGGUUGAAGAAAGAAAUGGUCUGAGAUGGAGAUUUGACUUCUCCUCCUGGUUGUUGAUUUCCAUUGCGCACUCUAAUCGCAAUUGAUUUGAUUUUACAAAGAGAGAGAAGAAACAAUUGGAAUUUGCAAGGAUGAAGAGCUCUCUGAAAAAAUUGCGAGGUCUGGCACUUCACAAUCACAAGCAUGUCUCCUCCAAGUCCAUUCGGCCUCUGGGCCAGCUUGACGAGCUCGCCCGGGCAACCCAGGAUAUGCAAGACAUGAGGGACUGCUAUGACACCUUGCUUUCCGCCGCCGCAGCAACCGCCAGCAGUGCUUAUGAAUUCUCCGAGUCCUUGCGGGACAUGGGCUCUUGUCUUCUUCAGAAGACUGCUUUAAAUGAUCACGGAGAUGAAACUGGAAAACUUCUCCUCAUGCUUGGCAAAAUCCAGUUCAAACUCCACAAACUCAUUGAUCAUUAUGUCACUUCCUAUUUCCUUCUCUCUAUUCUUUCCCUUUUUCUUUCCCUUUCUCUCUCUCUCUCUCUCUCUCUCUCUCUCUCUCUCUUCUUUUCAUCACUCUUUUCUUUCCCUUUUCAGCGUUCUCAUAUAUUCCAGACAAUUACCAUUCCCUCAGAGUCUCUCUUGAAUGAACUUCGAAUUGUCGAGGAGAUGAAGCGGCAAUGUGACGAGAAAAGAGACUUGUAUGACUAUAUGGUAACAAGAUAUAGAGAAGGAGGCAGGUCUAAAGGUGGCAAAGGGGAGACUUUUUCAUUGCAGCAGUUGCAAACUGCUCAUGAUGAAUAUGACGAAGAGGCUACAUUGUUUGUUUUCCGAUUGAAAUCUCUGAAGCAAGGACAAUCGCGUAGUCUUCUAACACAGGCAGCACGCCACCAUGCUGCUCAGUUAUGUUUCUUCAAGAAAGCAGUCAAGUCCCUUGAGACAGUAGAACCACAUGUUAAAUCAGUAACUGAACAGCAACACAUUGAUUACCACUUCAGUGGUCUUGAAGAGGAGGAUGGGGAUGAAGGUGAUUAUGGAGAUGAUGUUGGUGGUGGUUAUGAUGAGAAUGAUGAUGGGGAGCUGAGUUUUGACUAUGGACAAAUCGAACAAGACCAAGAUGUUUCUACAUCACGAAACUCAAUGGAGUUGGAUCAGGUGGAACUUACACUUCCUAGAGAUUCUACAGCUGAAGCUGCUAAGGAAAACUUAGACAACCUUGUAAGGAAUUUGUUUUCCUUCAAGGUUAGGGCAGGGAGCCAAUCUGCCCCACUUUUUGCUGAUAAUAAACCAGAUGCAAGUGAAAAACUGAGACAAAUGCGCCCAUCUUUAUCACGGAAGUUCAGUUCAUAUGUGCUACCCACACCAGUUGAUGCUAAGAGUUCAACCUCUUCAGGGUCAAAUAAUCCAAAGCCUUCCAAAAUGCAGGCAAAUUUAAAUGAACCUACAAAGAACUUGUGGCAUUCAUCCCCAUUGGAACAAAAGAAACAAGAAAAAGAUAUAGGAGAUGAGUUUUCUGGUUCAAUUGUCAGAAGUGCACAGUCAGUACUCAAGGAAAGUAAUAGCAAUACUGCCUCCAUGAGAUUGCCGCCUCCUUUAAUAGAUAGUCUUUUAUCCUCAAACCGUGAUUACAUUUCUGCUUACUCUAAAAAGAUUAAAAGACAUGCCUUUUCUGGCCCAUUGACAAGUAAUCCUGGGCCUACCAAGCCUGUCUCCGUAGAAAGUGUUCAACUGUUCUCUGGACCUCUUUUGCCGGCUCCAAUCCCUCAGCCUCCGUCAUCAUCUCCAAAAGCAUCUCCUAGUGCUUCUCCUACUCUUAUGACUUCACCCAAAAUAAGUGAGCUUCAUGAACUUCCUAGGCCUCCAACCAGUUUCCCCUCCAAUUCAAGGCUUUUAGGUUUAGUGGGUCAUUCUGGUCCAUUGGUGUCUAGAGGUCAAAAGGUGACUGCAAAUAAUUUGGUUGCAUCAAGUGCAGCAUCUCCACUGCCAAUGCCACCUCAGGCCAUGGCUCGUAGUUUCUCCAUACCUUCUAGUGGCGCAAGAGUGGCAGCAUUACAUAUGCCAAGAACACUAGAAUCCUCUCAUAGAUCAUCUAUAUCUGAGAAUAUUGCUUCUCCUCCUCUGAUGCCAAUAUCAUUAUCUAGUAGGCGGCCAUCAUUAGAUGGCUGAUGCUGUUUUCUUGGAUGUUUAGACCAGAGGAUGUAGGGAUGUACAUGUUUUGACUAAUAUUAUGCGAUGAACCCAGGUAUGGUCAAUGGAUACUUGUGCAGACUAAUUCUACUGACGUCUGAAGGUGCCCUGUUUACGGCCUGGCAGAUUAAGCUUAGGGCCAAGAAAGCUUAGGUCAAGUUUUGCUUACUUGCAAAUAUGUAAAUAUUCGGUAUACCUAGUUUUCUUUUAUCUGUCGCCAUCAUUGUUGAUUCAACCUUAUGGGCUUUUGUCUUAUUUGGAAAAUAAAUGCCCAUCGGCUUUAUUGUUGAGAUAUGUAUGCAUUUAAGCAAUUGACAGUAAACAAUCGAUCGUGCCUCCGCUUUCCGAGCGAUCCAAUUAUCUGAUUAAGUUGUGUACUUUUCA